AUUUGUGUAAUUUGUUUUUUGGUACAUCUGUGAAAAAAAAUGAAUUGUGAAAGUGUUCCCAUUUGUACGUUAUCUGUAAAAAGCUGUCAAUAUAUGCAAUUGAUAGAAUUAUUCACAAAUUUGUAUCAAGUAAAACCAAAGUUUUUUGUACGUGUUCCUGGAAGGGUGAACUUAAUAGGAGAACAUAUAGACUAUUGCGGAUAUUCGGUAUGCCCAAUGGCAUUAGAUCAAGAUGUUUUAUUGGCUGUUUCUAUAGAUACUGAUAAGAUGUUACACUUACAUAAUACUGAUCCAAAAUUUGAGAAUUAUGAAUGUUCUAUUGAUAACAUAGAGAUUAAUAUUAAGGAAAAAGUGCCUCAUUGGUAUCAGUAUUAUCUUUGUGGUGUCAAAGGUAUCUUAGAUAUUUUGCCGAACGAUGUAAAUUUAACAGGAAUGAAAGUUGUAGUAAGCGGUAAUGUGCCACAAAGUGCUGGACUUUCUAGUAGCAGCGCUUUGGUUAGCGCAGCCGCUUUGGCAACAGCUCAUUCUCACAAGUUAUCUAUAUCCAAAGAAAAGAUGGCAAAUCUUUGUGCAGAUUGUGAGCGUUAUAUAGGAACACAAGGAGGAGGUAUGGAUCAAGCUAUUGCAUUCUUAGCAAAUGAAGGUUGUGCGAAACAUAUAGAAUUCAACCCCUUACGAUCAACAGAUGUUACUUUGCCUGGAAGGGCGACUUUCGUAAUUGCACACAGUUUAAUUAGUAUGAAUAAAGCAGCAACCGCAGAUUUCAACUGUAGAGUGAUUGAGUGCCGAUUAGCAGCACAGAUAUUGGCAUAUAAACGAGGUGUUGAUUGGACGAAAAUAAAGCGUCUAUCGGAACUUCAACAGUCUCUAUCUCUUAAUCUCUCCCAGAUGAUAUCCCUCGUCGAAUCGACUUUACACGAACAGCUUUAUACUAUGGAUGAGAUCGUGACCGAACUUGGAACGUCUUUUCAGGCGCUCGAAGCGACAUCUCUCACGCCUAACACGAAACAGAUCAAAACUUUCAAACUGCGACAAAGAGCGUUACAUGUUUUUAAUGAGGCUCUUAGAGUGAAAACAUUUAUAGAAGUGUGUUCCAGAGGUAACGCGGAAGGCGAUGGAUCCAACGAUCAAGUUUUACCGACGUUAGGACGACUCAUGUCAGAAAGCCAUGAAAGCCUCAAAGAACUAUACGAGUGUAGCCAUCCUCAAUUGGACAGGUUAGUGGAAUUAUCGAAAAACUACACUUUCGGUACAAGAUUGACAGGAGCAGGCUGGGGCGGGUGUACAGUAUCACUAUUAUCUCCAGAAAACGUUGAAAAAUACAUGGAUUUCUUGAAAGAAAACUAUUACAAGGAGCUGGGAAUUGUGGAAGGAUUUUCAUCAAUUCUAUUUGCCACUGCUCCUCGGGGAGGAGCUUGUAUUUACGUUUGAAAACACUUCUGUUAUCGACUGAGUUGUCGGAAUCAGGAAAAGUAAAUAAAUUUUCAGCCUAUAGGACAACUUUAAUUUCCUGGAACAUAAUUUCAUGUUAGACAAGGUUGUUUGGAAUGAAAUGAAAUGAAAUUAAUAAAAUUUCAAAAAUUAGAAAAGAGUACAAGAUUGUAAUUAUAAUUCCAUAUCAAAUCAUAUAUCAUACUUUUCUACUAAACACACUGUUAACACUACCACUGCAAACAUAUACACUGCCUGACGCACGGUUCAAUAACCAAGUUAUCGUCUUCAUAGACUGAAAAUGAACUUCUUUCCUUACUUUCACCAACACUCACAAUUACACUGCUUGACCUGUGUUUCGAUAACCAAGUUAUCGUCUUCAAAGACUUAAAAAAAACUUCCUUCUCUGAAAACGUUAACUUGGGUAUCAAAACGCGCGUCAGAGUGUGUAAUUAUGAGUGUUGGUGUAGUGGUAGUGUAAACAGUGUGUUCAUUAUGAAUAUCACCAACGGUUCCAGAAAUGUCAACUUAAAUUUCUUUCUUGGAUGGAGAGUCUGCUUUCCAGAUUUUUUUAUUCCUGGCAUCUUCCUUUUCCUUCAAUGUUGUUGCUUCAUUAUCCCAACCCUGCCAAUCCAUUCUUGGUGUUUCUCUUCGCUUUUUCCUCGUUUAUAUACCUCCACUAUUCUCUGUAUUUUUUAACUUAUUCAUUAUUUGUUCCUACUAACCAGCUGCGCUACAACUCGUUACGAUUUUUAAUCGUUUGAAAUAGGGUUGCGCCAACUCGGGACGAAAAUAUUUCAGGUGAACGAAAAGGUAGUCAAAGUACAUAAUCGUACGGGAUUCGGUCAGAUUAUUACCUGGAAUUCCUACUUUGUAAAGUAGGAAAAGCUAAAAACCCCAAUAUUGCCACUAUCCUUUGUCAAAUUAAAAUAAUAAAUUCGUUUGGGUUUGUGACAAUUUGAAAAUGGCGUUUGUAGUAGAUUUCAUGCUAAGUUAUCGGGGAAAUAAAUUGCUUGUAAAUAAUAAUUUUAGAUUUAAAAAAGUGGCGCAAUUCUUUGGAGCUGCUCAGUAAAAGGGUGUAAAUCAAAGACCUGCAAAUAUAGUAAAUUCGAAAUUGUUGAAUCAUUGUAUAAGGAGCAUUCAACUAUAAGAGAUAUAAACUUAAUUCGCCGCCCCAUUGAUAGAAAUCGCUUUAAGAUUACCUGAAAUAUCCCAAAACACAUAAACGAAUUUGCUUUUACUCAAGAGACAGAGAGAUUAAGAAAAUAUUUACGUAACUUCUCAUCGGUUUCUUUCAUUGUUCAUUCAGGUAUUAAAAAUUAUGUUUUAUUAAAACUUUUUUCUCCAUAUUCACCCAACAACGAAAACAAUGUUUGUAUGAGUACCUGUAAGAUUAAUAUAAAAGUUUGACAGGUGACAUCAGAAACAAGUGUUUUUUUUAUUUAUUAUUAUAUUAUAAUUUUUUCACUGAAUUGCAUCAAUUCUAGUUUUGUACUUACUCUAUUUUAUCCAGUUCUGUGAUCCAUAUAUUAUUGUGGGGUCAGUUAUUACAUAUUAUGUAUUCUUCUUCUAAUAUCUACCUACCUGUUUGAUUACUUUUCAAGUUUUU